AUGUCAAUUAAUCAACAAAAAUUUGAUACUAACUUUUACACCAAAUUAAAUAAUUUAGAAUAAAGAUUCUAUUAGGAAGAAGCUGACAAAUAAGAUUUAGAGUAACUUAUUUUAAGUAUUGGGGAGCUUGUGAUGUUUUAUGAUUUAAAAAAGGACCCAAUAAAAUAAUAUUUCUUAGAAAAAAUGCAAUUCAUCCUAUCUAGACCUUUUACUUUAUUGAAUUUGAAAGAAUAAUACCUUAUAACAGAGAAUAAAACACCUAUUGGACAUAGACAUUAACAUAAUUUUUCUUUGCCAGUAUUAAAAUUAGAAAAACAAGCACAAGUUCAGUCAGAUCUAAAUAAUAGUUUUGAAAAGAUAAAAACAUUAUAGGAAGUAGAAAUGUUUAUAAUUUUAGGAAUAUGAAAUGCAAUAAAGAGAUUAGGCAGAAUUAAUUUAACAUGAUAUUGACAAUUAGAUGAGUGUUUUAAAAAAAAAGAUUAUUGUGAGAAAAUAGAAUAGAAACAAUCAUAACCAUGUAUAUCAUCAUUCAAAUUUUAUUUCAAACUCAAAACUUAGUGAUACAAAAACAAGUGAUGAAGAAUAAACAAAAAUGAUCUGA